AUUUUGAAAAAUCUUGUUUGUUACUUUCCUUUUUGAUAACUCUUACAACGUGUUUAAAUGACUUGAAAUGUAAUUAAUCGUAAUAUUAAUAUAAAUAUAAAACAACGUUAUUAAAUCAUUUUUUCAUAAGAAAAGACAUUGAAAACCUGUCUGGAUAUCGUCUCUCUAAAUAGUACUAUUUCUUUCAAUUUAAAAAUUUUUAAUUGAAAAUAUUUUCGUUUCAAAUAUGAACAAUACGUUAUUAUGUGUAAUACGAUAUAUGACCUCAGCGUGUAUAUAUACUUUGACAUUAAUUACAUAUUUCGACAGUUACUUACAGUUUUAUACACUAUAAACAUAGAACUUAAGUUUUUAAAAGAUCAAAAAAUUUUAUCGCUCUUAUAGUUGUAUAUUUUUAGUUGCUAUUUUAUAGAAUUUCUCAAUAUGUCUAAUUUUAUUCUUAUUAGAUCUUAUAGACAAGAAGAUGAACCAUUUUGCAAAAAGUUACUUAAAGCUGGUAUAAUCGAUUCGCUAAAUGCAACAUUUACUGCAUUUUUAACUAGGAAAGGAGCUAUUAAUGCAAUAAAUGCAUCAAUUGUAAUGUUUACAUUGGCACUCAUAGUAGUAGGAUUUCCUAUUAUUUAUUGUGUUAUGUUUAUAUUUAUACCACCAAUUAUUUUUUACAUUUUUUUAUAUGCAACUUUUUUGUAUGAAGCUAGAAAUGUUGAAAAUGAAGCAUCUGCGAUUACAUGGAUUUACACAUCAGAUAAUUCUUCCUGUUUUUGGAUAGCGGAAGCAUAUGAAGAUUAUUCAUUAAAUAAUCAACAAAAUCAGCGAUAUAUUUUCAUGACAGAGGAAAAAUUUAAUGAAUCUAAUAUUAAUGUAUCGAGGCAUAUCAAAAAAGUUGUAGGUACUAUUGCUUUCUAUAAUUGUAAUAGGUCACCAAAUUCUGGUUGGAUAAAAAGAUUAUGUGUUCAUAAAGACUAUAGAAGAAAAGGUAUAGGAAGUCAUCUUGUGAAUCGAGUUUUGCAAUUUUGCGAAGAACAAGGAUUUGAAUAUAUUAAUGUGAUUAUUUCAGAAUAUAGAAUAGGAGCAAUACUAUUAUUUAUAAAAAAAGGUUUCAAUAUGCAUAAUAUACAUAGUAAAUCGCAUUUUAUGUUAAUAGCGUUUUAUGAGUAUGUAUAUCGAACGACGCAUUAUCGUCCACGUUAUUAAAAACCCACAUAAUGUAUAAUCUAUACCGGAUAACUAAACUAUUCAUCACACUUAAAUAUUUAAAUCAAAUGUGUUAAUAGUAUUUUUAUGUUUAUUUUUAUAUGUUAUAAUUUUUUUUUAGAAUAUAUAAGAGCAAAAACAUUGUGAAAAUUCGGUAAUUCUCUAUUUUACAUCUUUAGAGGCUAUCAAUAUUUUUCAAUUUUUUUAUUUUCCAAUGUUUACGUUUGGAUCUAACUUAGGUCAAUAAUAUUUGAAAUAAUAUCAUCAAUAAUUGCUGUGAUUUUUAUCGAUUAUCUUAGUCGCACUAUCAAAUUUGGCAUUACAUUGUCAAUCUAUUUAAAAAUUAAUUGAGUAACAAAAUAGAUUUUCCCUGGGUUAUGUCGAUAAAAUAGAAAAUAUUAAAUUUCGAUUGAUCUAUCGAGUACAGCAUACCUGUUUGAUUCAAACCUAGUUGCGUUACUGUUCUCGACAUGGAUGACAGAUAAAUAUCGAAGUAUCGUGUGCAUUGCACAUCAAGCAGAAUUAAUUGCACUUGCUGAUUUGGCAGGAAUUACUACGACUCCUGGUGUUUUUCGGAUCGCAAUAGAACUUUUGGCGAUGGAAAUAUCACCGGAAGACAUUUAUGUUCUUCUGAAACAGAUUUGUCCAAGAACGCCUUCUGAAGAGAAAUUUAAUAUUUUGGAUGCACAACCUGAAGAGGAUGAAAAAUCUGAAAAAUCUUGAUGGUUACCUUCUUUUUUGGUAGAUCUUAUAACAUUUUUAAAUGGUUUCAAGUGUACUUAAUCAUAAUAUUAAUAUAAAUAUAAUAAAAUGUUAUUAAAUCAUUUUU